AUGCCCAACCCCCGUGGUACCAAUGGAUAUAAGGUAACUCCAGCUCCCGACACUGUAAUUUGGCCAUUGGUGGAGCAAUUUGUAGCAGAGGGAUAUACCAAUCCAGAAAUUAUCACUAAACUCAAGGACUACUAUGACACAGAGCACUAUUUCUGGACAGCUGGUGUUAAUGAGCUGUGGUGCUUUGAUCAGCACAAUAAAUGGCGCCGCUUCCAGCUCUUUUUUCAUGUUGGAAUUGAGCCCUUUUCUGGCUAUGUCCUCUGGCUCAAAGUUUGGUGGACAAACCACAAUCCUUGUCUAAUAUGCAGAUGGUACUGUGACAUUGUGGAGCGGUUGGGUGAGAUGCCUCUAAUCACUCAAAGCGACCCUGGAACCAAAAAUAAUGGCAUUGCAAAUGGCCACACACUCCUUCAACACAUGCAAGACCCGGCUUUGGACAAAACAUUACAGCAUAGUUUCAAAGGAUCCCAUCGCAACAUCAAGCCAGAGACCUUUUGGGGUCAACUUCGAAGACAGUGGUCUCCGGGUUUUGAGUCACUUAUUGAUUGGGGGGUCAAAGAGGGCCUAUAUAAUGCAGAUGAUCCCCUCCAACGGCUGGUAUUCCACUAUGUAUUUAUCCCCUGGAUACAACAGGAACUCGACUGCUUUGUUGACAGAUUCAACCGCACAAAGCCCCAAUAUAAUUCACACAAGCUGCUUCCACACGGAUGCCCCAUUGAUAUCUUCAAUCAACCAGAGAAAUUUGAGUCGCGUGACUUUGUGGUUAAGAUCCAUCCGCCUUAUCUCACUGAAGUGCGAAACAAAUAUGCACCCCCCGAUUAUCAUGUCUUUAACUUGGUACCUCCAGCCUUUGCAUUACAAGCUCGUGCAAUCUCAGAUGCUGCAAACUACCCACCAAUUUGUUGCAACAAUGUAUGGGACAUCUAUGUCCACUUGCUCGAGCAGUUCCAAAACCAGCCAAACAACACUGAAUUCCAGGCUAUGCUGGCCAAGUCUGCUAUUUCCGACAAUGCAGAAGACUUGGAUUUCAUGCCGGUUAUACCUCUUCCACCACACUGGCAAGGGAGACCCGUUGUGGGAGGCACACCACAUAAUGUUGCAUGCUACUCAUCAGACGAAGCAGAGACUGACUUUGAAUAUGAAUGGACGGAUGAUUUGGAUGGAACCUGGGAUUGA